CAGCGUCUCGUUGCCAGGGAAACUAGAGGCGGCGCGCUUUCCGGCUCAGUCGCACGCUUCGCGGCUGUCAUGGCGGAGACUGUGUGGAGCACGGACACCGGAGAGGCCGUGUAUCGCUCCCGGGACCCUGUGCGCAACCUGCGCCUCCGAGUUCAUCUGCAAAGAAUCACGUCAAGCAAUUUCCUUCAUUAUCAGCCUGCUGUACAGCCUGGGAAGGACCUCAUAGACUUGGCCACUUUUAGGCCUCACCCAACUCCCAGUGGACACCGCCCAGAUGAAGAUGAAGAAGAAGAGGUUGUGAUUGGAUGGCAGGAGAAGCUCUUUAGCCAGUUUGAAGUAGAUCUGUACCAAAAUGAAGCAGCAUGUCAAAGUCCUUUGGAUUAUCAGUACCGCCAAGAGAUCCUGAAGUUGGAGAAUUCUGGUGGCAGGAAGAACCGACGAAUUUUUACCUACACGGACUCUGAUAGAUACACCAACUUGGAGGAGCACUGUCAGAAAAUGACCACUGCAGCCAGCGAGGUACCAUCAUUUUUGGUUGAGCGAAUGGCAAAUGUCAGGCGGCGACGGCAGGAUAGGAGAGGAAUGGAGGGUGGCAUCCUCAAGUCACGCAUUAUUACCUGGGAGCCUUCAGAAGAGUUUGUCAGGAACAACCAUGUCAUCAAUACCCCUCUUCAGACAAUGUACAUCAUGGCUGACCUGGGACCCUAUGGAAAGCUUGGCUAUAAGACGUCUGAACAUGUGCUGUGUACUCUGAAGGUGGACAGCAAUGGUGUGAUCACAGUAAAACCUGACUUCACUGGUCUCAAAGGACCCUACAGAAUUGAGACUGAGGGGGAGAAGCAGGAACUGUGGAAGUAUACAAUCGACAAUGUGUCCUCCAUCGCACAGCCAGUGGAGGAGGAACGGGAACGGCGUGUAUUCAAGGAUCUUUAUGUCCGACACAAGGAGUAUCUCAGCAGCCUUGUGGGCACUGACUUUGAGAUGACUGUUCCAGGUGCCCUCCGGCUCUUCGUAAAUGGAGAGGUAGUUUCAGCCCAAGGCUAUGAGUAUGACAAUCUCUACAUCCACUUUUUUGUAGAAUUGCCAACCAUUAACUGGUCAAGCCCAGCAGUCCAGCAGCUCUCAGGAGUAACACAGACCUGUGCUACCAAGUCCCUGGGAAUGGACAAGGUGGCUUACUUCUCCUACCCAUUCACUUUUGAAGCCUUCUUUCUCCACGAGGAUGAAUCUGCUGAUGCUCUCCUGGAGUGGCCUGUGCUCUACUGUGAGGUCCUCUCCCUGGACUUCUGGCAGAGGUAUCGUGUGGAAGGCUAUGGGGCUGUGGUGCUGCCUGCCACCCCAGGCUCUCAUACCCUGACAGUCUCCACGUGGAGGCCUGUGGAGCUUAGCCCUGUGGCCGAGCUGAGGAGGUUCUUCGUUGGUGGUUCCCUGGAGCUGGAGGACUUCUCCUAUGUGCGGAUACCGGGAACCUUUAAGGGGGAGCGCCUGAGCCGCUUUGGACUCCACACAGAGACCACAGGCAGUGUCACCUUCCGCUUGCACUGUCUGCAGCAGUCCAGGGCCUUCUUGGAAUCAAGCUCACUCCGGAAAAGGAUGCGGAGUGUGUUGGAUCGUCUGGAAGGAUUCAGUCAGCAGAGUUCCAUUCACAAUGUGCUUGAGGCAUUUCGUCGAGCCCGGCGCCGCAUGCAGGAGGCCCGAGAAAGCCUCCCUCAGGACCUAGUGAGCCCCUCGGGAACCUUGGUUUCCUAGCUCUCUGCAGCCCUGCCCUGGUGAUGUAAGAGGACAAGAUGAUGGCUAUCUGGAGCUGGCAUUCUCUCACCUCUUCAUCUUUCUUAUUAGAGACCACAUUGUCCUGCUGAGAACCUGUCGAGCUGGAAAAUUCCCAGGGCUGGCCCCUCUGCCUAUCCAUCAGCAGGGUAUUCUUCCUGCCAUGUGGAAGUAAAGCCAGAGACCCUGUGGGCCCAUGUAGCCCCAUCUUCAUAUUUCAGCUACUGUAAAUGAACAUCAUAGACUGGAGGCAUGGCUGAAAUGGUAGAGUGCCUUCCAAACAAGCACAAGGCCGUGAGUUCAAACCCCAGUACUACCAAUGGCAUCGUAACAAGGCAGGCUUUUUUUAAAUCUGAAACUAGUUUGGGGUGAGCUCAAAAUUAGUUUUUCCUUGACACAGCCUCUUUUCUGGGUUGUCACAAAGUCUUAGUAGCUCAGGGCUGUAGGACUCUUCUGUUCCACAGUCUUAAAAAGGAAGCCUGCCUUCUUCCAAGAAAGGAGUAGGGUGAGAGAGAUCUCAAGUCCCUGGCCCAUUAUUCUUACCUCCUCUUUCCAGGGCAGCCUUGUUCUACUGCUUGGGGCUUGCUGAGUUUGGGAUAUGACUUGUUUCUGGAAUAAAUGAAGAUCAAAAGCAGUUCCCAGUCCUUUCUGCUGGCUGGGUGGUAUCUUUUAUUAUGCUUUU